AUGUUCUGUUCUGGAGGAACUGGAUCUCGAGUUUUGCAACUCACACGACUGGAUAGUUCUCAUGUCCAUGCCCUUUGUUCAUGUCCUCCAAUACAGGAAGAAAUCUCACCCCGCGACUUGGGCCUCGAGAACUCACGGCGUCAGCACCCCCUGUGCAAUACCUCUGGCUGCCUUUGGCUUCGAGGCUACCUCCGCUCCGGAGAUAGUAACUCGAACAACAUCCAGAGCCAGAGGCGCAGCCGAGCGGGUCCCUGCGACGACUUUCACGAGCAUGUCUGCAGAUCCCGGCCGCAGUCCAUCUACGAAGACGGCGUCGCCCGCCUCAUGGAUGCCGUGAAGGCGCGCCUCCUGGGAAUGCGCAUUGGGGCUGGUGGAAACGCAAGUGACGCAACAAAGGGCACUUCCGAACGGGAACGGCAGAGGGAGCCUGCGAGUCUCCUGCGGCGAUGCCUAGAUGGCGCAACAGUGGUCACCGGAGACGAUAUAGCUAGCGCUUGUGGAGACGUCCAUGGCAUGGUCUGUCCAAACGCGGCUCCAGAGGCGCCACUGCGCAUUUCUGAGAGCUUCUUCCAGAACAACCCUAAUGCCAGCGUCGACGACUACGCGGCGUUCGUGAAAAGCGUGGCAGGCGGCCUCAGCUGGAAGAAGCGCUCGCACCAGACAGCGGCGAAGACUUCGUCCAGGCUGUCAUCCGCGAGGUGGAUGCCGAGAAUCUGCCGCUGGGUGGCGCUCUCUGCGCGUUGCGACCUGGAGCGGCGUCAUCAAAAGCCCGGACUACGUCCAGAAGCGCGGGCCCUGUACCAGCAGCUCUGGAAGGUCCUCUACUUCGCGCCACUCAUGGGGAACAAGGCUCGACCACUAGUGGAGCAAGCGUACAAGAGGCCUCCCCCGCAGCCCCAGGUCCAGGCGUGCCUGCGGAUCGCAGAGGACGUGUCCCGCAGGAAGACGGCUCAGGCCGCCAGGGCGUCGCUCUCAGACGCCGUGGACAGCCUGGAUGACACGAUGGUCCACUUCGUCUGGGAGGCCGGACAGGUCAUGCGAACGCUGGUCCCGGCUUGGCUCUCCCACGUUGGUCCCAACGUCACCAACUCGACCGUCGAAGAGGAACCGGAUGUGCGGCGCGCGGACCGCGAACACGCAUCCCAGCGACUCGGUGCCAUCGAGGUCCACCUACUGCACGACGACUACGUCAGCACCCCGCCGCUGUCUAACGUUAGCGCCUACGCCUGGCAGGCCCAGUACGUUGCGGAGCGCAAGACCCUGCUCGUGCCUCUAGGGCUGCUGGGUCUCCUGCUCAACGCGUCGGCCAUCAUCGAACCCGUGCUCGUGCCAGCGCUGGGCCGGGAGGUGAUGCGCGUGCUGAUGCCGACGAGUCGGGGCCCCUACGCUUGGCGCCCGCGCAACGAGCGGCGCUUUCAAGUGCUGGUUAAAUGUGUCGCCUCGGGUCUCGACACCGACGAGAAAGAAGCCCUCGCCGCUCAGACCACGCUCGAGUCGGCCCUGCUGGAGCCCCUCAUGAUGCUCUACAAGCGCCGCCUGCACGAAGAGUUGGGCCGUGGCGUGCGCCUGCACAGCCGUUACGGCAACGCCGAACUCUUCUUCGUGCUGUGGGCGACGAGCCACUGCGGCAAGCGCGACGCCGAGACGAUCGUCAACGGGGCGCUGAGGAACUCGGCACUGUUCGCCAGGGCAUUCCAGUGUUCCGUGAACCAGGCCAUGUGGUCCGGCCAUAGGUGUUCCUUCUGGCGCUAGGGGGCGCCUCCAUAGUUCUAUUAUUUUUA